ACAGAUUAAAUAGCACUGUGCAGAGUGAUUUCCCAAUUUGAUUAUUUCUAACGGAAUUCAUUAGUGAGCCAUGCUGCCCAAAAAACAUUAUACGCCAGAACAAAUGCGUCAAGAGAGAAGAAGCAGUGAGUGCAGCAGCAUCUAAAUAUGGUGUACCUUGUAUCACGCUUAGAAAUAAGGUAACGGGGAUAAGCCCUGCCGUUUGUUCAAUGGGCCCAGCAACGAUUCUUACGGUUCAAGAAGAGCAGAUAUUAGUACAAUGGAUUUUUGUACUAGCAGAUCGACAUUUUCCUAUUUCACAGAAUCGGAAAUUCUAUUAAAUGAGAUGCCGCCAUUCUCUGGAGCACUUGAAGAGCUUUCUGUGGAAAUGCCGAGCGAUGACAAUUCUCCUAUCACGAUCUUUACUGUUAAAUUACAAAAUGCUACACACUCUACGACAAACGUCGACUCGGAAUUGCAUAUAAAUAGUGACCAAUUCAAUAAAACAAUACCAGCUACAUCUAAGGCAGAGUCAGAAAAAGAUUAUGAUAUUAUUAUGGAAUCAGAACAACCUGAUUUGACCACAAAUGUUGACUCGAAUAAGGACUCUAUACCAGGUGAUUUAUUAGUUGUUGAGCCCCCUUGUCCCCAUCCUAGACCUAUCACUCACUGUUCCGAACCAGAAAUCCAACAUUGUACACCCACAAAAAGUACAUUAAGCGGUGUAUUGGGUGUUAGUACCGUCCCCUUUUAAAAAAAAGUCUUUUUUGGCCCGUAAUUGAAAACAAGAAAAAAAAAGAAAAGUUACCAACGGCCAUUACAAGUAAGGCGUGGAAGGUGUACCAUGAAAAGAAAGACGUAGACUACAAGAUGAAAAAGAAAGCAGAGCCAAGGUGAGAGCAGAAAAAAAAGUUUCAAAAGAAAAAAUCUUGGAAGAAAAUAAGAAUAAGAAUAGGAAAAAUGAAAAAGGUACAGAAGUCUUCAUCUUCAGACGACACCGACUUAGAAAUUGAUUACGCUGAAAGUGGUGACAACGAUUGGAAUGAAGAUAGUGAUUCAAUUGUAGAGAAUACGGAAGGCGAAAAUAAAGUGGUGACUGGAAAACGAAGACUGCAACUUGCUUUUCAUAAAAGGUCACAAAAAGAGUGAAAGACCUCUUUCGUACUCUGGAUCGGAUCUUGAAAAUAUGCCUUUAAGUUCACUGGCGUCUUCUAGCAGUAAAGUUUCUGUUAAAGAUUUAAAAACAGGUUGUUAUGUAAUAGUUACAUAUGAAAGUGAAUAUUUUCCGCGUAAAAUUGAAGAGAAGAAUACAGGGAUGUACGAAAUUAGUACAAUGGUACUAUCAACUGGGAACACUUUCAGAUAGCCGGACAAAGCGGAUAAAAUCUGGUAUAAAAUGACAUUAUUGAAAUAAUUAGAUCUCCUAUAAAACAAAAUAAUAGAGGAUUCUUUAAAGUUCAGAGAUGAAUAAAUUUUUACCUGAUAUAUUCAUGACAAAGAUUUGAGAUAUACACGAGAGACAUAAAGGUUUAAUGAUUAUUAGGAGGUGCGUCUACCAUUUAUUAGAUACUUAUGUCGCUUAUUAUGUGUAAUUUAACUAACUUAAGUAAGCUAUCUGUAUAUGUAAUUUUAUUGUUUUCGUCUUUUAAAGUUUUAUAUCUAUGAUUACUAAAAUUAUUGUUGUUGUUUGUUUAAACCACCACUGACUGAUUUCGAUGGUAUGAAGAUAUAUUGUAAGAGCACUUACUAAUGUUUAGUAGUUCUAAUUUGUGCAUUUUAUUUCUGCUUGUACCAAUAUCUUUCCUCAAAGUUUAAUACUUACUAGUCUUAUCAUUUGUAUUGAACAAGUCAAAGUAAGUAAGGCAAACAUAGCCUAGUGAUUUAAAGAAACAGUUUACCUUUAUUAUUGUUAUUAUUUGUUGUCUCUGUGUUCAUUACUAGAAGUUCAUUACUGGAGAUUGUCCAUUAAUGGGUGUCCAUAAUUAAAUUUUGCCUGUCCAUCACUAGUGAUUAGGAAUGACUUUGAUUUAACUUUUUUUUAAAACAUAUAUAACCUGGUAUUAUAUUUUUCUUUAUUAAAAAUAUUUGCC